AUGUCUGGUAAAAAUAAGCACCCAGACAUAAACCUACGAUGUGAGGCUUGUGAAGAGGAUAUCCGUAAAGGCAGUGCAAAGAUAAAAUGUUGUAAUCUAAAUUGUGAAGUUACCCUACAUCAGAAAUGCUUCUCAUCGAUUGCUAAAGUUAUAAAAUUAGAAAAAUCCGACUGGCUGUGCAAGAACUGCGAUGAAGAUAGUGGCACAUCAACCACAACCGUGAUAUCGUAUAGCGAUGGAGAUGUAAUUAAAGAGCUUGCUAAAGUGAAGAGUGAUGUUCGGUUACUAACUGAUCUUGUGAAUGAGUUAUAA